AUGUCCUCUGGUGUUUCGUCUGAUUACAUGGAGGAAGAAAACUAUCCCUUUGCAGCAGCCAAGUGUGGUUGGUUCAGUGACUGGGUCGGCUUUUCCCCUUUCCUCCGUCGCCGCUGCUGCACAUGGCGGGAGCGAAGAGCGCGGGAAGCGGGGGCCUGUGGGGGCCGGCUGAGCGGCGGGGACGACGGCCCGGAGGAGAAGCGGCUGCGGAUCGGGCCCGUCCCGCAGGCACCGUCGUGGCCCGGGCCCCCGGGGAACCGCGUGACUGUGGUGCUGGGGGCGCAGUGGGGGGACGAGGGCAAAGGGAAGGUGGUCGACCUGCUCAGCCUCGACGCGGAUCUCGUCUGCCGGUGCCAGGUGAGUAGAGCAGAAGGGCGUCUCGGGGCGCUGGUCCUCAUGGAGGAGGAGGAACAAUCCUGGAUCGUCGUUAUGGGAAAGGGGAGCGAGAAUUGGGGGAUCAAGGGAGGCAACAAUGCAGGCCACACUGUUGUGGUGGAUUCGGUUGAAUACAACUUCCAUCUCUUGCCCAGUGGAGUAAUCAACCACAGCGCCACGUCAUUCAUUGGUUUGGAAGGUUGGGAGUCUCGGACAGUGAUUUCAGACCGCGCCCACCUUGUGUUCAAUUUCCACCAGGCCGUGGAUGGGAUCCAGGAGCAGCAGAGACAGCAGCAAGGUGGCAAAAACCUUGGCACAACCAAGAAGGGGAUCGGCCCUGCGUAUUCCUCCAAGGCUUCACGGACUGGCCUGCGCAUCUGCGAUCUGUUGGCAGAUUUUGAUGAGUUCUCCAAGAAGUUCAAGGUCUUGGCUCAGCACUACAAAGCGACAUACCCAUCUCUCACCAUUGACACGGAUGGUGAACUGCAGCAACUGAAGGAAUAUGCGGAGAAGAUCCGCCCGUUAGUGAAGGAUGGUGUUUAUUUCAUGUACCAGGCCCUACAUGGUCCAGCCAAGAAGAUCCUUGUGGAGGGGGCAAAUGCUGCAUUGUUGGACAUAGACUUUGGUACCUACCCGUUUGUGACCUCCUCCAAUUGCACCGUGGGGGGUGUCUGUACGGGCCUCGGCAUCCCUCCGCAAUACAUCGGCAAGGUGUAUGGCGUGGUGAAAGCCUACACUACCCGGGUUGGCGUUGGGACGUUCCCCACAGAGCAGGACAAUGAGAUAGGAGAGCUGCUGCAAUCCCGGGGGCACGAAUUUGGCGUGACCACAGGCCGGAGGCGCCGCUGCGGCUGGUUGGAUCUUGUGCUGGUGAAAUAUGCCCACAUGAUCAAUGGAUUCAGCGCCCUGGCCGUGACCAAGCUCGAUAUCCUGGAUACCUUUGAGGAGAUCAAAAUUGGCGUGGAGUACCGGCUGGACGAGAAACGCAUACCUUAUUUUCCAGCAAACCAGGAGCUCCUCAACAAGGUGACCGUGGAGUACAAGACACUGCCCGGCUGGCAGUGCAGCACCGAGGAGGCCCGCAGCUUCAGCGACUUGCCCCCCCAUGCCCAGGGCUACAUCCGAUUCAUCGAGGAUUACCUCGGGGUGCCAGUGAAGUGGGUCGGAGUGGGGAAAUCCCGCACGUCCAUCAUCAAGCUUUUCUGA